CAUAUAUACACGCGUUUUUGAGUUUUAGUUUAUUAAAGGUUUCCAAGUUUGAUAUGAUAUAUUAUAUCUCCGUUGUAAUUCGUGUUUCAACCGGGAUGAAAUUAUUUGUUAUGUAAAAAUGACGAACGUAGAAAUGACGAACUGACGUCUGCGGAAGUCAAAAGUUUUGAUGGAACCGGAAAUAAAUGUAUUGCCCACGAUAAUGUAUCGAAAGAUUCAGAUGCUACUGGAAAUUCCUUUACAUCUGCAGAUAUUGAAGGGCAAUCUGGUUCAGCAUCAAAGGGUGAGAUCGGAGAAACGACUGGGAGCUGUGUUGGUGAAAUUUCAAAUACCAUUUGAUGCUUGUGCUAGUAAUUCAGUUGUAAUGCAAAAAGAAGUUUUACAUCGAUACGAAUCAGCACCAUAUGAUAAUAAUGGAGUCGUUGUGAAUUUAGAGGAAGGUUGUGGAUAUAAUCAGUCGUUUUAUGGCACAGAAAGCAGGAUUGCAACGGUUAGUGGAAACAUCAAUCAUGCGCAACAAUUUCCACAAAGGCCAAUUACAUUUCAGCCUAUAGUUCUUGCCAACUCACCAAACCGACAAGUUAUUAAAUUAUCAAACAAACCGAUGCGAUUGAUAUGUGGGUAUUGCAAUCACGAUGUAGAGACGAAAACGUCCUUGGAGCCAGGAAGUUAUCUUUGUCGCAUGAGCUCAAUCUGUUUCUUAUUUGUUGGCUUGUGCUGUCUGGUACUCUGGUGUAUGGCAGACAACUAUGACGUUAAACACCGUUGUUCGAAUUGCAAUGCAAAUCUCGGAACCUACGAGCAAGAAGGAGACCUAUGUUAGAUGUUACUGCGUCGUCCACAAAGUAAAAUCAGCAAAGGGAAUCAUUUACAAACAAAUUAUACCUAUUUAGCUUUUGUUAAUAUGCACGCAAUAAAACCUCGGCGUAUGUAAAAAUGGAAAGAAGUAAAAUAAAAGUGUAAAGCAGUCUUGCGUUUGCAAUACGACAUUUUGUGUGUCUGUAACAUUUUCCAAUAAACUGAUAUAUAACGCUAUUGAGUCAAUCCUAUUCCUCAUUUGUCACUAUGGAGAAUGUAAAAAAAAGAACUAUGAAUAUAUAAGCUUUAGAAAAUAUCUGAAAUACUAACACAGCGUUACUUUUCGUAGGAAGAACAGCUUGCUGUAAUUUCAAUCUUGUCAAACUAAUUUGGACAGUUGUUAUUUCUUUAAUUGUUAUAUUUUCUAACACGAAAUUGUAUAUAGAUUUGCUGUUGCAUUCAUUUCAUUUCUACGUUGAUGCGUGUUCAUUAAUCUGAAGCAAAUGUAUAAAAGUGGAUAUUUUCCGAUGACAUAUCUGAGGUUCCCAUGCCAUUGCCCGGAGCGUCAAAACUAAGCUAUAAACUUAGGGAAAUUUCGUUUGUAAUAGUACUCACCUUUAAUUUUACAAAUACUCAUGCAUCAUGUUGCCCAGAUGUUUUUUUUAAAAGAUGAUUUGAACAUUUACAUAUCAUUUAUACGUAUCGAAUAAUAUAUUACAUACUUUGAGUGUUCCUAUUAGACUAUACUGACUGAGAACUUAGAACUUAGUUACCGAUAGAAUGUCUAGUCAACAACCUGUAAGAAAUAUUGAAAUGACAAACGAGAAUGUGGAAACGCAUGCGGCGUUUUUGAAUGAAGCAUUUUCUGGGGAUAUUUCUUGUGAAGAAGGUUCGCAAGUCAAUCUCGCCUGCAACGAAAGAAUCACAAAAUCCAACAGCGGAAAAGAAAUAGUCGAAUUUGAGAACGAAUCCAGCGCAACUUUAGAACUGGACAAUGAAGUAGUUAGCAUGGAAGACCGCUACGCAUUUACCAAUGACUGCUUGGAUACACAAGUGUGCCAUGUUGAAGUGUCAUCAUUGGAUAACAAUACACCUGUAAAGAAUGAUAAUGAUGAUGGACAGCUGCAAUCCUCGGAUGAGACAUUAACAGAUAGUGAUGAUGACUCGUCAAAAAGUGAAGAUGAAAAUGAAUCAGAUGAAAAUGAUGAUGAAAAGCAAGAAUCCUCGGAUGAGACAUCAACAGACAGCGACGAGGACUCGUCAGAAGCAUCUCUGUCAGACGCGACAGAGACCGAUUACAAAUACGUAACAACUACCACUCACUACUCGAAGAACGUGAUUAACUCAACUCAACCACCUAGGUAUGACGAAUUUAACCGACCUCCAGCGACCAACAUGUUGUACAGAGAGGGUUAUGAUUUCAAAUACGAACGAAGGCAAGAGGCAAUCGUGCAAAGACCACCUCCAGAAGUAGACCUAUAUCAUUACGCGCAACAACCAGUACUUUGUGUUUGCCCCCAUUGCCAUUGCGAUAUCGAAACGCUUACGAUUUUUAGUCCCGGAUGUUACCUAAUCACACUGAGUCUAAUAACAUUCAUUUGUUGCGGAAUAUUCUGCCUGUGUUGCUGGUUUAUGGAUGAAAACUACGAUGUAAAACAUUAUUGUCCUAACUGUGGAGUGAAACUGGGGACGCACAAGAAAGAGAGUUGCUGCUGAUAACGAGUAUGAAACAUUAUAUCUUCUUGAUUGAAAUUCAUCAGUACUGGGAAUCAAGUAAUUGAAAUAAAUGAAGAAACUAAGAACAAACAACCUCCGUGACACUUCCAACCUGGGUUAAUCGCGUUUACUUGUUGUAUAUGAUGUUUAUACAUACAUUUUUUGAUAUAAGCAUUUUUGAAGCUAAGCAAAAUCUGUUGAAUGUUUAGUCUACUUUUCCGGGCUUUCCACUGUUUAAAAGAUUGAAAAGCAGUAAUUUCACUAGACCACUAGACUUUGGUUAAAGUAAAUCCAGCCAUUUCUAGGACUGAAAAUAGACGCUUUGUGUUGUAUUAGUAGAUUUUGUUCUUUUAUGGUUCUUUACAUUGGUUCUACAGCGUUGCAACCUUAUCAUGGAAUAUAAAACACAUUGCAAGUCUAUAUGUCAUUGAAUGACGAUAAGUGCGCCGAUUUCUGAAUUUUUUGACCAUUUUCCUCUUUGAACUUCAAGUUUUUGUUCUAAUUUAACCAAAAUUUCUUUAGGAUUCAAAAUUGCUGGUUCAAAAUAUUGUUUCAUAUCACUUUGUAACUUGAAAUCAUUUUUCUUUAUAUUUUGAAUACUUCGGUUAUGGUGCUCGUGCAUUAUAUGUGGUGCUAGAUUUAAAUAAAAGUUUUU